UCGUCGAUUGAAACUCUCAGUGUUGAACAUGUCUGGUAGAGGCAAAGGCGGUAAGGGACUCGGGAAAGGAGGCGCUAAGCGUCACCGUAAAGUUUUGCGCGAUAACAUCCAGGGAAUCACGAAACCCGCCAUUCGUCGUCUGGCUCGCCGCGGAGGUGUCAAGCGCAUCUCCGGUCUGAUCUAUGAGGAGACCCGCGGAGUGUUGAAGGUGUUUCUGGAGAACGUGAUCCGCGAUGCCGUCACCUACACCGAGCACGCCAAGAGAAAGACCGUCACCGCCAUGGAUGUUGUGUACGCGCUGAAGAGACAGGGACGCACCCUGUACGGCUUCGGGGGAUAAACGCCUGAAACCAGGACAAACCACACAAACCCAAAGGCUCUUUUAAGAGCCACACACUCUAACACAUAAAGAGUUAAUGCUUCAUGUCAAGUCAAAGUUUCAGAACUCGUAAAUGUUUCACAGUAAGUUAAUGGGUCUAGAAUAUCGAUACCUUUUUCUACUUUAAAUGUAAUAAAUACUCAAUUAAACCUUUUUGUUUUACACAAUAAUCCUUUCCACAAACGCUUUUCCACAAAAUCAACAAGAAA